AAAAUUUCAAUCAAAAGCAGAUCUAGACCUAUAGCCUGGAGCGCUCUAGAUUGCAUUUCGAAUGUGAUUUCACUAGUGGCAAAAUGUGGCAAAAUGUCGAAACCCCCGCUGUGUAACCAAGUUCCGAACACUACUAGAACAGCUCAAUUGUAUCCCCUCUCACUGUGCCAGAUCUCAGUACCAUAGUAGGCUGAGUGCUACACAUCUUCUCGCGCUCUAACUGAAACAUUCGCCGGCCUUACAUAUAUAUCCGGUUACAGGUACUAUCAGCGAUGCUAGAUAGCACUCGAAAUAUUCUCACCUGAGAAUCAGAAAACGUCAGCAACUAAAUAUUCGCACCAUGACCCAAGUCGCGGAGGUAUACAGUUUUGUAAGCGCAAACAUGGCUUCCUUUAUGACUGGUCUUGGUAUAUCAUCUAUAAUUUUCUUAAUUUUGACCGCACAAGUCUGGAUCUAUUUCUGGAGACAUAAAAUUCGAUCUCAGGAAAACACUCAGACCAAAGCUCUCGUUAUCUUCAUCUGGUUAAUACAAGCUGCUCAAAUGGUAAUUAUUUCUCGGCUCUCGUGCAUUCAUACGAUGGAGUUCGAGGAUAGAUCUCGUUUCCUUGGCCAUUUGUUGACAGAAUGGGCGCUUUAUACCGUAAUAGGUUCCUUGACUACAUCCCUUGUGCAUGGCGUUUUCAUAUCCAGGGUUUUCAGACUUGAGAAGAGUCUCUAUGGCAGACGGAGAGUAUCAUUCGUUUUGAUUGCCUUUUGUGUCACGGAGCAAGUUUUUGGUCUUCUUAGCGCAAUCUGCAUCUUCCAACUACGUGAUGAUCCUAACUAUAAUGUCACGGUUAUUUGGUCAAUUUCGAUUUCGCUUGGUUGUUCGGCGAUCAAUGAUGUUCUUAUCGCUGCAACUUUGGCUUAUAUUCUCCACAAACACAGGACUACAUCGCCAAGAACGAACCAAAUGAUCACGAAACUCAUCAUAUUCUGCUCGCAAACGGGUUUGAUAACAACCGUGGCGGCAUCCAUCACUGUGGGACUUUUGGCCGUUUCGAGAUUAACCAUCUAUAUGAGUUUUCCUAUUGGAGGCUGUGAGAGUCUUGUUGUCAUCAACUCGGGUAUACGGAAUGUUCUGACGCCCUGGCUUGACAGUAUAUGCCACAUGUCUUCUCGCCAACUUCAUCGCUCGGGAAUCCUACCUGCAGCCACAAACAGUCCAUGA